AUGACGCGUAAGAUCUGGAAGAUUGGAAGCAUCUUCAUUUGUAGCCCUCUUUACCCUUGCAAAAACGUAUUGCAAUUGAAAUUGAAUCAGAACGUGUCAAAGGAAACGGUGUGUUGGAAAGAGCUGGGAACACGCGAUCGAUUGAAUCCAGGAAGAAAGGAAUCAAAGAAUUUCUCAGUCGUUGUUUAUAAUGGAGCACAUGGACAUCAUCGUCGGUACGGUUCGGUUUCCUGCUGCCUUCAUCAUGUUUCCCUUCUUCUCCUCUUAAUAUGUCCUUCUCGAUUUCAUUUCAGCUCUGUGGCUCUCCCCGGUGGACACAACCCUAAAAUGGCUCCCACCGUAAGGACUGCCAUGGAUGUCCGUCGUCUGGAAAGCAAUAGAAUUUUCUUAUGUGGUGAAGUGAAUCGACGAUGGUUAUCGUCUUCCAUAUCUCAAUGA